UCUCUCAGUUCCGCCAAACUGCCUGCAUGGGCUUGCUAAAAUGGUUCACCCAAAGAUACGAAGACAAACUAGACGUGCAUUCGAUCGAGGGCAGCAUUCCCCAUUCGGCUUUACAGUUUGCUUUAGAUAGGUGUACGGAGUAUGUGGCUGAACAGAAACAUCUGGAUAUAGAUAAGGAGUUUCCGAGAGUCUGGGAUCACGAGUGGGAACAGUUUUUGGGAUUUUUUCACUCUGUCGUGCAUAAGGACGAGCUCUUUUAUGACUUUAAGGAUAAAUUACUGACAAAAUAUGCACUGGCCAAGACCUGUCUCAAGGAAAUAUCCAGGUUCUGGCCCCAAUUCGACAUAGACGGCAUGAGGAACAUCUGGAUAAUGAAACCAGGCAACAAGUGCAGAGGUCGAGGCAUCCAGCUGAUCAAGAACAUCGCCGACGUAGACAAGAUCAUGGGUCUGAAGGUAAAAUACGUCGUACAGAAGUACAUUGAAAAGCCUUUGAUUAUAUAUAAGACAAAGUUCGACAUAAGACAGUGGUUUAUGGUUACCAACGUCCAACCAUUGACUAUCUGGAUGUAUAAAGACAGCUAUCUAAGAUUUAGUAGUCAGAUCUUCAGUUUGGAGAAUUUUCAUGAAUCUCUUCAUCUCACCAAUCACGCCGUGCAGUGCAAGUAUAUAAACGGUCAGCUAAGAGAUAAGUCACUGCCAGAUGACAACAUGUGGGAUUGUCACACCUUCAAGGCUUAUUUGAAGCAAAUCGGGUGCAUGGAAAAAUGGAACCAGGUUAUAUUUCCUGGUAUGAGACAGAGUAUUAUAUGCGCCAUGUUGGCCAGCCAGGAUACGAUGGAUCGCAGGCCAAACACUUUCGAAAUUUACGGUGCCGAUUUCAUUCUAUCCGAAGAUUUUACUCCCUGGUUAUUAGAAAUAAACUGUAGUCCUGACCUGUCCUUUUCCACGUCCGUUACCAGUCGUUUGUGUCCACAGUGCAUGGAAGAUAUCAUUAAAGUCGUUUUGGACCGAAGAAAAGAUUCCAACGCCGACACUGGCCUGUUCGAAAUGGUCUACAAGCAAAACUACCCCAAAACGCCCCCUUAUUUAGGGAUGAACCUGUCCGUGAGAGGCAGGAAGCUGUUUAGGGCCAGGGGCAAGCCGCCAAAAAACGAGGGAAAGGAACCGCGGGAGAGGAUGUCCUUGGGCCUGUCGUCCAAAGUCCGAAAAUCUCUGGACUACUACAAGGCGGAAACCCUUCACGACAAUGUCGCGACCAAAUUGUUGCCGAAGCUGUUAUCACCAGAUAUCUACAAAGGACCCGUCAUCGAAGAUUUAAUGGAGGAAUUGCAAAAAUCAAUGUACGAAAGCGACAGCGGCAUAAAAUUCGUC